UGAUGGAGGAAGUGUACCUCCCCCCGUGUCUCUCCUGCGGUGGUUUCACCCGACACCUUCAUGACUUUCGCCUGUGGAUGUCGAGCGGAGGCACCAAGUCCACCUUCCACAUGGACAACAUGGAGAACAUCAUCUGUAUGUACAGUGGGAGGAAGGACUGGCUGCUGGUGGACAGGGAGGUGGGGAGAUACACACUUCAUCAUCACACGGAUGGGACGGAAGACCUUGCAGUUGAUGUGGAAAGAGUGGACAUGUACAGAUACCCAGGCCUGCGUACCAUCCCCUGGUGGUCAGCACGUAUCGAGCGAGGCGACUGCCUCUACCUACCACACGGUUGGCUGCAUUACGUACAGUCCUAUGAUAGGAACGUUGCGGUCAAUGUCUGGUGGACACCUAUACCCGACUUUGACUAUUCUGAUUGCUCUGCAAGAGAACACCAGACAGCUAUACAGCUUAGUGCAUUGGAGUUGAGGCCAGGAGAACAGAUAAGGUAUGUCAUCAGAGUGUACCUUGAGGAAUAUGGCGGCAGGCUGCCUAAAGACAUGGUACAGGCCCAGGUUAUCUACGAUGAGGUGGUCAUCACUGACCGGGUGUUUAAAGGCCUGGAUACCAACAGGGAUGGCUGGCUGACUGUGGAAGAAGUGAACAACUUAAAGGUGGAGACGAUAGAACGGUUGAUGCCGAACAAGUAUUUAGAGGCAGUUAUGACGUUUGGAAGAUGUGAGGCCUACAACAACACUGCAACAGGAGUUCACACCUUCACAUGUGCAAAUACUUGUACGUAGCCUUCAUAC